AUGAGGAUCCUCGUCACUCUGCUGGUCCUGUUCCUCCUGGGCAUCCAGGCCGAUCAGGGACCUGAGUGGACCUACUCAGAGGGGGCACUGGAAGAGGGGUCCUGGGCCACAGAGUACCCAACCUGCGACGGGUGGAGGCAGUCGCCCAUCGACCUGCAGAGGAAGAAGGCUCAGUUCAAUCCCCAACUGAAGGCGCUCAACCUGACGGGCUACGAUACUGCCUUUGAGAGUCUCUCCAUGACCAACAAUGGCCACACAGUGCAGAUCAGCCUGUCCCCGUCCAUGAGCAUGACGACUUCCGACGGCACCGAGUACAUAGCCAAGCAGAUGCACUUCCACUGGGGCGGCGCCUCUGCCGAGGUCGGCGGCUCGGAGCACACCGUCGACGGGAUCAGGCGUGUGAUCGAGGUCCAUGUUGUUCACUACAAUUCUAAAUACGACAGCUAUGACAGAGCCCAGACAGAACCAGAUGGCUUGGCUGUGAUAGCAGCCUUCAUCGAGAUCAAUGAGUACGCUGAAAAUACCUAUUAUAGCCAGUUUAUUUCUCGCCUGUCCGAAAUCAAGCAUCCAGGAGACGUCACCAGCAUGGAGAACCUCAACGUGCGGAACAUGCUGCCAGAGGACACGUCCCAGUACUACACCUACCUGGGCUCCCUCACCACGCCGCCCUGCUCCGAGAACGUCCUGUGGUUCGUGCUGGCAAACCCCGUCUUCCUCUCCAGGGUCCAGGUGUGGAAGAUAGAGAACUCCUUACUGAAUCACCAGAAUCAUACCGUUCAGAACACUUACCGCAGGACCCAGAAGCUGAACGACAGGGUCGUGGAAGCCAGCUUCCCGUACCGCUCCGAGCAAGCGCUUGUCUCAUACCCUGAGUUCCAGUUCCAUCUGUCGUCAGUUAACAGAAAGCUUGAGGCCUUGAGAAAAUCUUUGAAACCCAGGAAAGCUAAGACCAUGCUGGACUGUUUGGAUUGUGGCCCUGGGAGGAAGAGGGGGCCCCGCCCGCCGCCUCCCCCUGCUGGAUUCUGGGAAAUCCUGUAA